CUUGUGUUGGUGAGCAUGUGCUUGAUUUAAAUUUAGCAUCUAUUGUGUUGGCAACAAUGACUUACAAUAAAAAAAUGUUUUUGUGCUUGUACCGAUGAGCGAUGUCUUCUUUCGGGUUAAUUAUAUUUUUUGACUUAAUGUAAUUUUACAAAACUUUAUGUUAAAAACGUGACUCCAGCGGUUGUAUAGUGUCAGACGAUUUUCCUAAUUAUAUCUACUCAGAACUCUGUUAAAAUUACUGUGAUCUGAUUCGGCUAACCUCUGUUACAUUUGAAAUGGCGCUUAAAGUGUGGAUUGUUGAGGUAUUUUCUAUAAAUGAUAACAACCAAACAGCACCAAAAUAUAAUAGAAAGGUGAAACUGAGAGCGGAGUAUGAUCCUCAAGGUAUUAGUAUUCAAAUUUUAGAACUCGACGAAACAACUCAAUUGUUGGAAUUCCCCGUAGACUCUGAAACAGAUUGUUGCAAAGUGGGUACAGCAUCUUAUUUAUUUUCUAUUGAUAACGAAACUAUAAUAAUCAAAUUUAGCAAUAGGGAAGAAGCUAGGCACUUUACUAUAGCAAUAAAAAAGAUUAAAUCCGGAAAAGAUGCAUCAAUAUUUUCUGUGAGAACCGAAGACUCCUCUGCAGCACAGUACUUCCAGUUUUAUGGAUAUCUUUCUCAACAACAGAACAUGCUUCAAGAUUUUGUUAGGACGUACACUUAUCAAAGAGCAAUAUUAUGUAACUUAGACGAUUUCAAAGAUAAAGUAGUGUUAGACGUAGGUGCAGGUUCAGGUAUUUUAUCUUUUUUCGCAGCACAGGCUGGGGCUAAACGUAUUUAUGCUGUAGAGGCUUCCACCAUGGCUCACUAUGCACAAAAACUAGUAGAAGCUAAUAGUUUCAAUACUUGUAUAAAAGUUAUACCUGGUAAAAUAGAGGAAGUCGAGUUGCCUGAAAAGGUGGACGUUAUUAUAUCUGAACCUAUGGGAUACAUGCUUUAUAAUGAACGAAUGUUAGAAUCUUAUUUAAAUGCCAAAAAGUGGUUAGUUCCUGGGGGUAAAAUGUACCCUUCUAGGGGAGAUUUGCACAUUGUCCCUUUUACAGACGAUGCCCUUUAUAUGGAACAAUACAGUAAAGCUAAUUUUUGGUUUCAAACUUGUUUUCAUGGUGUUAAUUUGUCAGCUUUGCAAAACUGUGCCGUUAAAGAAUAUUUUAGGCAGCCCAUUGUGGAUACUUUUGAUAUUAGGAUCUGCAUGAGCAAAUCCAUACGACACGUAGUAGACUUCUUAGAAACAGACGAGACUGAUCUUCACACAAUCGAAAUACCACUAGAAUUUCAUAUAUUAGAAUCAGGUACAUGCCACGGCCUCGCUUUUUGGUUCGAUGUCGCCUUCGGCGGUUCCCAACAGACCAUAUGGUUGAGUACUGCUCCGACAGAACCCCUAACGCAUUGGUAUCAAGUCAGAUGUUUACUAGAGCAGCCUCUUCUUUUGAAACAGGGACAAGUGUUGACGGGAAGAGUGUUACUUUUAGCCAAUAAACGACAGAGUUAUGACGUCACUAUUGAAUUAACAGUGGAAGGAACUAUGCAAACAUCUCAAAAUACUUUAGAUCUGAAAAACCCUUACUUUAGGUAUACAGGAGCGCCGGUACAGCCGCCCCCAGGAGUAUCCAAUGUUUCACCUAGUGAAAGUUAUUGGAGCCAGUUGGACGCCCAAGGAGUUCGAAACGCUGUAAAUAUGGUAAACGGUAUGUCAGUAAACGGCUUAGGGGAAGUCUCCAUGGAUACAACGCAAACAUUAUUAAAUAACAAUUUAAUGGCAGCUAAUAAUCUCAUUGCCUUAGUAGACUCUCAGCACAUGGCUGGAGCAGACGGAACGCCCCCCAACAUCCACCCAGGUUGUAUUUCAUCGACCGGCAGAGGGCGAGUAGCCGCAAGCCCUACAUCGACGCACACAGCUCAACUCAUCGGUGGCGCCAUCUCGCCGUCGCUCUUCACAUCACCGUCGCACCAGCAACAGCAACCCCUAGUCAUGGCGAAUUACCCCGUCAGCGCCAACUUGAUGAUAGGCGACUACGUCAAGCCAUCGAUCGGUCCCGUUUCGAUGCCGUCAGUAUAUCGCCAGUAGUCUUUGUAGUUUUUAAUUUAUUUUUUUAAUAUUAAGGCACUCGAGGAGUCCGUUAGCUGACCUACGUCGAACGUUGAGAGAAUGUCUUCAUUUGGUAGGUGACUCGCCGUAUUAGGAGUGAAAGUGACGCGAUUUUUAAAGACUUACCACAAACUAUUUAAGUGUUCAGAGUAUAUUCAGUUUUGGCUUCAUGUAAAUACCUCGGAAAUACCAAGAUAUACCUCUGUAAUAUGUUGACAAGAGCAAUAUUAGCUUCCUUUUUAUAAGCCGUGAUAUCUUUUGUUUGACAUGCAAUCUGCAAAAUGCUCAAUUCAUUAAUGUAAGGUAUUUGUCUAGGAGUAAAGGGGGAUUUUGUGGCUGAUUGAGGUCCAUGAGAUUUUACAACUGAUUUUUAUGUAUUUGGCCAGCUAAAUCCAUAUCUUCAACAUGAUGAUCCGAAUUUUGGGCAGGAAUUUGUUAUUACCAAUUGAAUUGUUUAAAUGCUUAUAAGUAAUGAAGGUAUUCCCUUUCUUAAAUCAUAUUUAGUUUCUUAAAAAAAACAAACCAAACAAACAACAAAUUAAAUCGGUUCUUAAAAGCCGAGAUAUUGGAAAUUUGUUAUUAGUACAUUCUUUCACGGUUUUUGCUGUAAAUUUUAAAGAACCGCUUGGAUUGACAUGAAAUUUGGCAUACGCAUAGAUAACAUGUCAAAGAAAAAAAGUGAUAUGGUGCCGAUGUGUGCUUUUGCCCUAGGGGUGAGUUUCACCCCAUCUCGGGGGUGAAAAAAUAUAUUUCCAAGAUAAGUCCCGAAAUGGAUAUUCCCGAAUAUGUUCAUUUUUCAACAAAAUAACCACGUUUUUAGACGGUUUUUCGCAAAUAACUCAAAACCUAAGCAUUUUGUCGAAAAAAAUAUUCUUAGCAAAACUAUAGCCUAUAAAAAAGUGAAAAAACGGUGUAUAUAUUAGGUCUCUAUACCUAGCAAAAGCAGAGUUAUAGCUAAUGAAAAAUAGGUUCAUAUUCAAAAAAUUCCAAAUAGAAUAAUUCAAUGGGAAAUAUCCAAAUAAUGAAGCAUUCUUGGGGAAAACACAUUACAACUUUUUUAAGUGUUUAAAAAAAGCUUUAUUUCUGUUUUUAUAAAAAAAAUUUCUAGCAUCAAAUGUAAGCAAGUUACGCUCAAAAUAAAGUUGGUCCCUUUUGUUUUGGCAAACAAAAAUCAGGAAGAUCACCCCCCAAUUAGCAACUUAAAUGAAAUUAAUCGUUACCGCUUCACAAGUUACUUCACUUAUGUUGUGUUUAUAUGAUAUGUAAGUUUCAUCGAUUCAAAGUGCUUAUUUUUGAAAAAAUUUGGUUUUAAAGUAAAAUUUUUAAAAAUUUUAAUUUUGAAAAAAACGCUAUUUUUCAAAAUAACUUAAAAAUUGUUAGAGAUACCAAAAAUCUUAAACAAUAAAAAAAGUCGGCUUUACUUUUCUGAAUAUUUUGUAUUUUUUUGUUUUUCUGUAAUACAAAAAUUGGUUAAGAUUCGGUGUUUCUAAAUUUGCAUACACUCGUGAUAAGUGACUCGUUCAAGCCCUUUUAACUACAGCUCUUUAAAAAAUAAGGACUUUGAACCAAUGAAACUUACAUAUCACAUGAUCAAUACAUACGCGAGUAAAAAACUUGUGAAGUAGUAACAAUUAAAUUCAUUUGAAAUGCUAAUUAGGGGGUGAUUUUCCUGAUUUCUUACCAAAAAAAAAGGGACCAACUUUAUUUUGAGCGUCACUUGUUUACUUUUGAUGCUAAAUUUUUUUUUUUAAGCAAAAAUAAGCGUUUUUUAAACACUUUAAAAAAGGUAAAAUGAGUUUUCCCCAAAAAAGUGCUUCGUUUUUGGUUAUGGCACGUUAAAAUAUUCGAUUUGGAAUUUGACGAAUAUGAACCUAUUUUUCAUUAGCUAUAACUCUGCUUCUACUAGGUAUAGUGACCUAAUAUAUACACCAUGUUUUUCACUCUUUUGCGUGCUAUAUUUUUGAUUAGAAUUUUUUUUUUCGACCAAAUACUUACUUUUUGAGUUAUUUGCGAAAAACCGUCUGAAAACGUGGUUAUUUUGUAGACAAAUUAACAUAUUCACUCGCAAACAAAUCGAAAAGUAUUAACUUGGUGAAAAAACUUAUAGAACAAAAGUUGCUUAGAAUUAGUCAUAAUAUCCAUUUCCGGACUUAUUUCGCACAUAUAUUUUUCAUCCCCAAAAGGGGGUGAAAUUGACCCCUAAGGCAAAAGCACACAUCGGCACAAUAUCACUUUUUUUCUUUGACUUGUUAGCUAUGUGUAUCCCAAAUUUCAUGUCAAUCCAAGCAGUUCUUUAAAAUUUAGAAGUUUUGCAAUAUUUUACCUAGUACACUUUAAGACCAAAAAUAAUCAUCUUUUUCAAGAAUUUUUUUCUCAGAACUUUUAUUAAAAAUGAACAUAAAACUUUUUACAUAUUAAUUUUUAACUAUUAGAGAGUACAAAAAAUAUACCCUUUUUCAUUUAUGCUCGUACACUAAUAUUAUACAAGGCGCAAAAGUCGAGGCUUCGAAAAAUGAUGGCGGACAGUUAAUCUCAGGAUUGUGAUAUCUGAAACAAAAAAAUCGUACUUCAUUUGAAAGAGGAAGGUUUCUUACGUGACAAUUUACCACAAUUUGUCCAAAAAAUAAAAAAUAAAUAUUUUUUAACCAUGAAAAACUGAAAGAAAACGGGCGAUUUUUUCACAAAAUUUUUUUAAACUUCCGUAUAAUCUUUGUUUUGCGGAAUUUUUCACUAACGGUGGUAAAUUGUCACGUAAGAAACCUUCCAUUUUCAAAUGAAGCACGAUUUUUUGGUUUCAGAAACCCCAAUCCUGAGAUUAACUGUCCGCCAUCGGAACUACUUUUUUUCGAGGCCUCGACUUUGGCGCCCUCUACAAUAUUAUUGUACGUGCAUAAAUUAAAAAAGAUAUAAUUUUUGCAUUCUCUAAGAGUUAGAUAUUAAUAUGUAAAAAGUUUUAUGUUCAUUUUUAAUAAAGUUUCUGAGGAAAAAAAUCUUGAAAAAAUGCUUAUUUUUGGUCUUAUAAAGUGUACUAGUACCUUAGAACGUACUAUAUUUGAAAAUAACAAAUUAUCGACUAUAUCAGACAUUCUUGCUUUUAACUUUUGUCCAACGUAAGAAGAUUUAAUAGUAAUGUAGUACCUCAUUUUAAACCUAUGAUUACAGGCGCCAAUUUUAAAUUACUGUAUUUUAGCGAAAAGUGCAUCAAUAUGAGUUUAGUAAAGUUCAAAAUUUUCGUCUUCCAUGGUACUAUAGUCCUCAUUGACAUGCUACUAAAUUUUUUGAUCUCGUACCACCGGAAAAUCAUAAACAAAUUCGAUUGUUUUUUUACACCAAAAUUGUAUACUUAAGAAUUAUAUAGUUUCGUCAAAAAUGGAUAAAAUUUUAUUUCUCAAAAUUCAUUUUAAAGCUUAUAAUCAUUUCAUUAAAAGCAGGUGCUUUAAAUAUUUUUACGUUGAUUAAAAGCAAAGUUAUAACAAAAAUGUCUGAUCUAUUCAAUGAUAUGAAUACAGUUGCAAUAUCUUGGCUUCUAAUGGACCGAUUUUAAUUGUUCAAAGUUUGUUUGAUUUGUUUAUUUAAAAAAAAAAAACAAAACAUGAUUUGAAAAAUGGGUAUAUCUUUAUUAUACCUUAUUUUAAACUAAGAGGAGUAAUUUAAAUUAACCGCGCCGUAAUGCUUGUUUGUAAUUGGUCCAACCGCAGGCAAGUUUACUCCACUAAAUUAUGAAAUUUUGACUCUGUUGACAUUUUUGAAAUUUUGACACAGGUUAGUUAAGUUAUAUCGGCGAUUUUUUUAGUGUUUUUGCGUUAUUCCUCUAAUUUUUAGUUUUUUAGUCUUCAUUUAUAUAAUAAACAGUUGUUUUUGGAACUCUUAGCGACAUAUUAGUAUACUAUUUGUGGAUUACCGUAUAAGGCCGGCAGGAUCAACUAAAACAGAAGAUGAAUCUGGUUAUUUUUCUAGUAACAUUAUUUUGUGUGAAUCUGUCUUGAGUCUACUUCUCCUAGUUUAAAAACAUCGUAUAGUUUAUUGAUUAUAAGCAUUUAAACAAGUUAAUAACAAAUUUCGGCUCAAUAAUUCGGAUUCAGCGGGUCAAAAUACAUAAAAUCAGUUGUAAAAUCUCAUGGAUCUCAAUCAGCCACGAAGCCCCCCUUUACCCCUACACUGUAUGUUUUUUAUUUUAUUAUUUAUAGACAUGAAACCCAAACAGGUUUUAUAUCAUCGAGGGACUUAUUUAUUUUCACUUUUUCCCAUGUUUAUUUCAAUUUUUCCUAUCUUCCAUUAUCUUUCUUGCCUUUUUCCACCUGCUUCUUUAUCCUCGACUAAUCCAUAACAUUUUGUGAAGUGUUACAAAAGUUAUAUUGUCAACCAAGCCUACACGACUAAAAAAAAUUUUUAUUCCAUCGAAUUGAACAUUUUGCACUAUUUAUUUUCUUUUUAAUUAAUUCACCAAUGGAGAUUAUUAGAUAGCUACAACCGAAACGCAACUAGUUUUUAUUCAAUUUACUUAAUAAUCACAGUUUGGAUGUUUUCUUAGGGUAAAAGUUUAGUGAAUAGUGAAUAUUAGUAAUUUUUUUCGAAUUAGGAUACAAUUUUAAAAUAUAAUUGUGACAUUAAUUGAAUAUGAUUUCUAUAAUUACCUUUUUUACCUACACAACCUUUUCCUUCAUGUAAAACUUCAACGUCGCUUAUAGACAGAUACUGGCGAACUUUUUGAGGUGAGGGCCAGAUAAAAUAAAUUGAACAAAACACAUUUUUAUAAUUGAUAAACUUUUUUUUCAUCAUACACAACUUCGAUGAUACAACAGUAAAAAAAACUUUACAAACUUUGAAAAAAAUUUACAAAAAUUAGUUAUUCUUCUUUCUUGAAUAAUAUGACUAACGAAACUGUGACAGACCUAACCUAAAAGUUGUUCAUAAUUUGGUAGAAACUGUUAUUUGAACUGGAAGUUGGAGUUGAUUGGAAGUAGUGAAGCUAAAUGGUGGUCUGUCAGUUGGUUUCUGACUUUGUUUUUGUGAAGGUUCGUAGUAAAAAACAACUGUUCACUUGUAGAACUCAAUUUUAGAAGCGUUGUUAGAAAGAGUUGCUUCAAUUCAGUGUUACAUUGCAAUUCAAUCAGUUCAAGAAGAACACCCUGGUUAAAGAACCUCAGAAGCUGGUUUCAACAACAUCUGUGUAGCUUUUGUGCACUACUGCAGGCAAGAUAAAGAUUUCCAUGAUGAUCGCCAACAUUCACUACGGAUAGACACACCAAGAAGAAUAUUAUGGUCCUUCGAACCGGAUCUUAAGCUUCUUGCCAGAAACGUUAAAUCGCCGUCUUAAUACAACAAAACAAUAGAUUUAUUUUAAAGCUUACAAUACCUCUGUCUCUACAGACCUUGUGGAACCCCGACCUUCUGCAUGAUCCUCUUACAAUCCUCACUGUAUUGGACCUGACACCGUUAUCUGAGAUCAAGCUGCUGGAGAUCGUCGUACAUCUAUUGUAUACCAAACGUAUUUUUGGUUUUCUUCAAAUUUAAUUAUUAUACUGGUGAUAAAAUCACAUAGACCUAUCAACUUACAAAUAAUAUCACCCUUACAUUAAUCAUUCUUCAUUGUAUGAUCGCACUCUGAAAUAAUCAUCUAAAAAUCUAAUUUGCAGGUUUUCAUUUGCCAAUUUGGGCUUUUACAUUUCGCACAAUGUGGGACUUGAAUAUAACCAUCAACAAAGCUGAAAAGAUCUUUGUAUAGUACUUGCCACAUAGGAAGAACCAGAUUCUUAAGCUUAGAACCAGAACGAUACUUUGUUAAGACUAUCAUCUAUCAAAAGCUUUUCGGAAACAUUAAAAAAUAUUGAGAUGCAUAGCACUGGUUUGUCUUAGUUGGCAAUUACUAUAUAAAUAUUGACAGUAGUUCUUACCGUACAAUCAUAUUUAAUAUUGCAUCAGUCUUAAAUGUUAAAAUCACAGUUUAUCUAUUGCAGUGGAACAAAAUUUAUUGACUUAUGUUACAUAUGGUCUUAUAUAGAAUGGCUCAGAAAGAUCUGCUGAUAGGUCUUUUGUUGAUGAAAUUCAGUCAUGUAAUAAAUAUUUCUGUACAUUUAUGCUAAAUAGUUAAAUAUAGAUAUGAUAUACAGUGCUUCAGUUGUUGAAUUAGGGUAAUAUGCAUAGCAUUAAAUAUGGCAACAACGCUUACUCUACGCUUGCUUUUAGUUGUAAUUGUUUUAAAUGAGAAUAUUGUCGUCAUGAGCAUCACCGUACACUGUUGCCAAGUUUUAGACAUUCCUGAUUCAACAAUGGCGUUGUAUGCAUAUAAAAUUAAAAUUUUACCUAUUAUUGGAAGAACAGAACACCUGUAUGGGGGGAAGAAGUCAUGUAAAUUAAUAUUUUUUGUAAUUAGGGAAAAGUAACCCUAUGUUGGGUAUUAACAUCAGAAUGCUACUAUCCUCAUACUGUUGUUUAUUAUAAAGAAGGAAUAGGUGAAACCAAACCCAAUUAACAAACUUAAUGAUAAAUAUUUAUUUAAGAGUAGGAAAACUGAUAAUUGUAUUACAUCCUCAAAUCAAAUACAUAGGAGCUAUGCACCAGAUGAAAAAUUAUAUUAAUAAGAAAAUUAUGUAACAAUUGAAAAAAAUAGAUUACUCGAGAAAAAUACUUCCUUCAAUUAAGAUUCCUAGUUUCUUUGGUCGAAUUAAUCAACAACUUUUACGCGAACAUUUUCAUCCGAGACGGUGCUUUACAGUACGCGACAGUGUCUGCCAUUGUGCUUAUUUGUGUUUGUUUUGUGGCCUAUUAAUUAUCAUAGAGAAAGCUGAAUUGACGGGAAACCGCCGACCGAGAAGCUUGGAAGACACACAAUCAUUUUCUCGUAUAGGGCUUUUCAUUCACAGUCAUUUGUUUCGAGCUUGUGUCACGUGUCACAUAAUAUUAAUAUAUCUACGACAUACGUUAUUGGUAUAUACAAUAAUACAAACCAAAGACGUAUGACGUAGAUAUUAAUAUGUGACACAUGACAGAAGCUCGAAACAAAUGACAAUCGACGAAAAGCCCUAUUUAAGUUCCCCAACAGCAUAAUAUCUUAUCAACUUUAGCUCGAGAUGAUAUGAUUACAUUCGAGAUGCAUUUAGAUCGUUUAAAAACUCUGUAAAAUAUUUGUUCUGCUCUUGCAAGUAGGUUGUUGAUUUUCAAAAAAAUUCUCGUGUUGGUUUUUGUUGACUUUUUUGGUCGCAUGAGCUUGAAUAAGCAAAUUGUUAAUAAAUAUCUUUUGAUUAGCCCUUAUGUAAAAUGAACUCAUUUAUGUAAAUGACGCACCGUUUGGAAUUAUCGUGUUAAAAUGCUAUACCAACUCUUGCUCCAUCUGUUGGUGACCCCAACAAACUGAUUUUUUGCGACGUUUACUUGGCAGUUAUAUAAUUUUUUUGACAUCUAUGUAUGGCCAACAUAGCUUUUGAUUUCUGAAAUUUUUCUGCUUUUGAGCAAUGCGCGUAACCUGAUAAAUUAUUAUAGUUAGGAAUAAACUUUCUUUGGUGAGUUUAGAAUUUUAUUUAAAAAUUUUUAGCUGUUUUAUUUUAUUAAUAAAUUGUAUGUGAAUAUUUUUUUGUUUAAAUCUUUGCUAUGAGUAUGUAUGCUCGAUUGUAUAUCAAUUUCCACUCGGUCAAAAUAUAACUAACGCACAGAGCGGUAUUUUACAUAAAAAGCUGUCAAAAAAUGGAAAUUUCAAAAACUAGUAUUUUGGGCCGAUUCUUGUACCUACACUAGGUAACUGUUUGUGGCGUCGUGUGGCACCACCCCUACCAUAAAUAGCCUUACCAAACAAAUUUUGCAGCUCCACUUCAUAAAACAUUUUGGCUGCGUUUAGUUGUGAGCAGGGCUGGGCCGGGUGCUGAUAAAUUGUACUCGGGUACACAGUACCGGGUACUUUUUAUAUUUGAGGAACGAGUACAGAAUACCGAGUACAUUGCUCAAAAAAGUACCCAGAGUACAAUACUCAAAGUACAAUUACCCGAAUUUCUCGGGUGCUUAUUUCGAGUACAUUUGAAUAUAGAACCCGAAAAAAGGUAAGAAGGUACUUACCUAAUAAUUAUCUCUGCCUCUCUAAACAUAUUUAUUUAUGAGUCAUGAAAACAUAAAAUAACGUAUCUAGGUACAACUCCAACUUAAAUAAAAUAAUAAGAAUUUUAAAAAUUGAUCAUUGAUUAAUACAAUAAAACCUGUCAGUAACGGUCACUAAAAAUAAGGGACUAUUGCCCGAUAUAGAAAGGUGGCCGGUAUUUCCAGUCUUUGUAGUCCACAAAUACAUAAAAGAUAAUUGAACUUUGUUUAUUUUGUUAAUAAAAACAAAUAUAAUUCUAUACAUAAACGGAAACUAUUAAACUACUUUAAUAUCCUAAUAUAAAACAAAACUAUACUACGGAAAAAGCACAUUGAUAUACCUUUUUUAAAAAAAAAAUGUCAACCCACUUUUAUUUUUUUAUAUCCUUUGAUAAUAAUUUGAGUUUUUACACCAUAUUUUUCGGCCAACUGUUGUGAAUUGUAAUCAUACUUAUAAAUACUGACAAACCUUUCUCUUUUACAACACUUUUACAUUUUAUUAUAGGAUUUUAAGAACCUUUUGUGACCACCCACCAGAUAAAGGUUAAUCUCCUGUUUAGGUAAAUACAAUAAGUCCUAAUAAAUAGUACUGGGAAUUUCCAUCAACAAAUAGACAAAAUUAUUUUAACAAAAUUAUUUUGGCUAACAUUCACAUUCAAUUUCUCUAAAAGGGCUUUAAAAUAUGUGAUUGUGAUUAUUUGGCCGUAUUAUAAAGGUGGCCGUAAAUAGUAGGUCAUAAAUAAGCGAAUAUAGUAUACCUAUUGUAUUACAUACAUAUCAGUGGUGUCAUCGUGUGGGAACGCGUGGGAACGCCGUUCCCGCACUGGUUAAGAAAAGAAAAAAAAAUAGAGAAUUUAGGUUUUGUAAACAAAAAUUAGCAGUACGUUCCGGCACUGCGUUCCCGCACUGCUAAUUUUGCCAUGACACCACUGAUACAUAUACAUAAUUGGUUUGCGGAAUUUUUGAAACUGACCGUAAGUACAGGUGGCCGAUUUUGGAAGGUGGCCGGUAACACAGGUUUUACUGUAAUAGUAUAACGCCACUCACACUCACUGAUUAAUUUUAUUGGCUUUUAAGAUAACUAAUUUUUCAAAGUUUCAUCAGUUCUUCAGAGCAUUUCUUGAAGGGCUAUUAAUUAUUAGGACGUAAGAGAAUAGGCGUUUGCUUGACUUUGCGAAUGGACUGAUAGACUGAUACUGAAAACGGCGUUUUUGCGUGUUGCUAUUAAUUUGCUCUCCCACAUGCAGCUACAAGUUUAUACUUGCAAAAAGUACUCGGAAAAUGUACUCAUAUAAUAAACGCGGGUACCGAGUAUUUUACCGAUAUGCUACGGGUACGAGUACCGAGUACUUUAUUGAAAAUGUACUCGGGUACCGGGUACUGAGUACCCAAAAUGUACUCAGAGUACAAAAUUCGGGUAUUGCCCAGCUCUGGUUGUGAGAUGAUUUUACUAAACUUUUUUGUACAAAUUGAAAUUUUUAUUUUUUAUAUUGCAAGUGAUUUUUGUGAAACGGGCAGUCAUGGAUAUGCCAGAGGCAGGUAAGUACUCGGGUACUCGACAUUGAACCUUUUUUUUAAAUCUUAACUCUUCUAGAACUUGGUUGCAAUAUGUUAAAAUUUAAAGAGUUGAAGGUAUGUGGUCAAACAGUUCGGGUAAAAAAUUACGUCACUUCAGAUUUAUCAUAAAUUAUUACAAAAUAGAUAUAUUCAGAUAUAUUACAAAAAUAGCCACCACUGUUGAUUUUGUUCUGUUCUUUCAAUUGCUCAAUUUUAUUGUUUAAUACUACAGUUUUGUCAUUUUUAUUGCUAGCUUAAAAUACAGUGAUGAGUGCAUUAAGAACCGGUAAAAUAACGGAAAAGACGGAAAACGUAAUACGGUGAGAAAUAACAAGAGAUGAAACUAGUAGAGGUGGGAAAUUACCAAGAGAAACCUAUAAAUUUACAUUAUAUUGAUAGUUUUCCAUCUUUAAACAUAUCGGAGGUGUUUGGCAACUGCCACUGUGACAAGAUAAUUUUAUAAAAUUCUGUGGCAGUUCGACUCCGAUACGUCUAAAGGUGGGAAACUAUCAGUAUAAUGUAAAUUUAUAGGUUUCUAUUAAUUAUUUCACAACGUUUUCCGUUACUUUGCCGGUUAUUAGCGCAUUCAUCAUUGUAUAAAUUUUAUUUACUUAUUAUUCAGAUUGUUUGUAAUUUAUGUACUUAUAUUAAAGUACCACUUAAAAUUAAGGCUGCUCGGGUCUCCCGGGCAUUUUCAACAUUGAGACACUAGCACCCGAUACUGAUUAUUGCUGAAUUGUAAGUUUCUGGAAAGAGUAGGAGGGAAAGAUGGGGGGGGGGGCACUUAGUCAUGUCGAUAAAAGGGAUUGAUAUAGGUAUAAUUCCAGAUAGAAACUUAAGGUAAAUGUGAGCCAAAGAGAAUUAUGAUGAAUUUAUGCAAUUGUAGCCACAGGUUACAUCCCAGAUAGCAAUAUAAACUUGUUUCAAACGUGCAACAAGUUUGAUACAUCAAACAUGAAAGCUUGCUGCAGGUUUGCCAUGGCAACUUUGCAGCAAGUUUAAAUCAAACUUGCUAGUUGGAGUGUGACAAACUUACAUGAAGUUUGUUUUUUCAAACUUGAUACAAACUUGAUAUAAUAAACUUGCUGAAGGUUUGUUUUUGUUUUGUUGCAUGAAGUUUGUUUUUUCAAACUUGCUUAAGGUUUGUUUUGACAUACUAGCCACAAUUUGAAUAAAACAAUGUGAAUAAAAAAUACAAUACCGUUUUAUAUAACUAUUUAUUCAGUAAUCACUCAACUAAAAUACAAUCUGUUGUCUAAAAUUAUUUAUUGGAACUUACAUUAAACCCGCUAGCUUCAGAUUCCGAUGCUCAGUCUUGUCUCAGCUCUGAAACAAAUAAAAGAAAUUGUUAUAAAGUCUUGCUGUGUGAACAGAAUUAAUAUUUGCUAUUAAAAGAGAUAAAAACAUGUUAAAGUAACAAUUUUACAAUAAAACCUAAAACUUAUUUAUAAAUAAUAUAUUAUAAUAUGUUUAUUUUAGAUAGUGUGUAUGUAAAUACAGUUAGAAGCUACGAAAAACAUAAAAAAGAACUUAACUCAAUUUCACCAAAGCAAAAAGAAUACCUAUCUGUACCUAAUCACCACAAGCAGGUGGGUCUAUGAAAAACUGAAGAAAACAAGCUUCAGCUUAGUAAUUAAAGUCUCGGAGAAUUGUACGGUAAAUGUUGUAAAAAAAUCAAAGAAAAAUAUCAACAUCUGAUAGGAUAUACCUAACCACAAAUUAUCACCGCUUGGCAGGAUGGCAGGUUACUUUUCCCGUGUUGCCAGCUGUCGAGUAAGCUUUUUUCCUUAACGUACCUUAAAAAUUCCCACUUUUAUGAUAAAAUUCCCUCCUAUGCUCCUAUUUAAAAAAUCUGUGAAAAUAUGUUGAAUUGUUUUCAAAUAUUUUGAUUUUUAUAAAUAUUUUACAAUUUGGACUGGAGCAAAGAUUCCCUUAUAAGUUAACUUUUUCCCUUUUAUGUUGAAAAUUCUCGCAGAAAGGGAAAUUUACCACCGGUGGCAACACUCUCGUUUUCGUGGGCGUGACAUCAGUCAGGGUAACGAACGAAACCGAACCGGCCGUAACGUGUGAGUCAACCAAAUAGAUGGCACGCGUGACGUGGCUUUGCAACUGUACGCUUACAGCAAAGUUGCUGCAAACUUGAAUCAUCAUCUUUGUCAUAACAAUAUUGCAGCAAACUUGACACAAACUUGCCUCGUCAUAUUUGACGCAGUAAUUUAAAAUCAAAGAAGAAUCAAACUUGCCACAAGUUUACAUGCUAUCUGGGAUACAACAUCGGCAAUCAUAAGGCCAUUAUCGGCCAAUUUAUGUGUAUAUUUACUUGGUACCCUCUAUGAUUUAGAGCAUUUAGAUAUUAAAGAGAAAAUGAAAAACAGUUUAUAUUUCAUUCUGUUUCAGAAUGAAAUAUAAACUGACUGAUUACCAUCAUCCUCUUACAUGAUCGCCCCUGAAACAGAAUGAAGUAUAAAAUGUCUUUAAUUUUCUCUUAGUUUACUCAUACUGGAUCAAGUUUCGAAAGAAGUUCACCUAGAUGAAUUGACGGGAGGUGACUGCAUAUUGUAGAGUCCCUUUCAUGUCCUUUAUUCAUCGUUCGUUUGCUUUGUAAAUUGUAGAAAGAACGGAUUUGAACCAGAAAGUUUGUUCCACAAUAGAAGUCUUUAAAUUUGUGGAUCUAGGACUUCUCAUUGUGUUUUAGAUAGAUAUGUACCUACUGCAUUUAUUACGUCAAACUUUGUGUUUUCCGUUUACAGCCUAUAGUCUGUCCCUCCUUGACUUUACAGUACACGAACAUACGACAAUACAAUCCUUAUGGGAGUUUUUAGCGCGGCGAUGCCGAUUUUCUUCAAAAGAAUUUUCAAUCGGACAUUACCAAGGUCCUAAAAAUGUAGGUCCCUAAAAAAUUUAAAUUAAAACUAACCCGUUACAGUCAAGUAAAACAAUAUUUUUCAUUGUUUUUUUGUGAGUGAUAGUCAUUUUCGAAAACUAAUCAGCAAUUUUAUAAUCGAUAUGCGUCAUAACUUUUUUUGGUUAAGAAUGUUAGAAUAUUCAACAUUAAAAGUGGUUGUUGCUCUAUGGUUGUUAAUUUAUGUAUUGACAGUAUUUAUAGACAGUUCUGAAGUAAUAUCAAGAAAAAUAUAAAAUAUAUUGUCAGUCAAGUUUAAGUAAAGUUUUAUAUUGUUCUACCAGGUCCUACAGUUGAGAAUAAAUAAAGUAUAAUAAUAGUAGAUGGUCAGUUCACCUAAAUUAAAUUAUAACAAAGAAUAUUAAAUAAGCUUAAAAUUAUUGCUGAUAACAUUGUAUUAUUGGAAAACUAAGUAACUCAUAACUCGGAGUAACUCAUUGCUUAUUUGGAAAAUUUGGAUCCUAAUUGCAGUUUAUUGUUAUUCUUAAUCUUAAUGACUGAUUUCCAAGAUGAAAUUAAUGUCAUUUUAAUGUGUUUACACCAAUGAACUGUCAACACUGAUGGAAUCGCCAAAAAUCGAAUUUAAUGACUUCAGGAUGAGAUAGAGAUACUUAGGUAAAGGAGGGAAGAUAAUCGUCAUCUUUCGUAAACAAACAAAUUGACACUGCUAGUCAGGUACGUCAGGGUUGCCAGAUUGGGGUAUUUUCCCACAAUUUUGGGGUAAUUUGAAAGCGUAUAGGGGAACUUCUCUAAGCAGAAAUGGUUGGGAGAUUUUUUGGGGUGAAAAUUAUGGAAGAUUUUAAGGGGUCAUGGGAAAUUAAAUUUGCGAAUGUACACAGAACUGUAUAUUAUUAUAUUCUCAUAUAAUCGAAGAAGAUAGGACCUAUGAAUUAUUUCCAGGGCUCUCUGUUGAUAAGUAGUAUAAUUUUUGUUUACUGUUCUCUACAUUUGAUUACUAAUUUAUUAAAAUGCGGCAAAAAUUUAAAUUUGGGUGAUUUGAGGGAAUUUCAGUUUCUAAGUGGGGGUUUUAUAAAAUCACAUCUGGCAACUCUGGUGGUAGUUAUAGCAAAUUUUACCUGAAAAAUUCUCUGUCUCUCUAGGACCUCUCUCUUGUAUGUUGCAGUCAAUCUCGCUUCACUGUUUGAAUGGGACGGGGCCAUUCCAUCAGUGUUGACAGUUCGUUGGUUUACACUCUACGACAGUGGCAGUGAAAGUGGGGAAGACGGGAUUAUAGAAAGAAGCUAAAAUAUAAUAUAGUUUAAAUGUAUUUAAAUUAUUUCUGUAGGUACCUACGUAUUUAUUAAGGUUUAACAUAUUGAUGCGCUUAAAUACAUUAUUAUAUAAAUGUUUUAUACACAAUUAUUUUUAUUUUGUUCACAUAAAGGUAUUUUUCGGAAAAAAUGUUUUAGAACCCCUGACAGCCACAAAAUGUCAAUAAUAUUAAUUCCUAAGUUAUUAAUAGUUAUCCUAUAGAAAAAAGUAUGUUUGCUUAAAACCUGUUUCUGAUAAAAUUUGGCAUCACUGUUGGUCAUAAGAACCUGUACUGUAAAGUCAAGGUGGGACGCACAAUAGACUAUUGGCGAGGAACCGCAAAGUGGGCGACGCCUGUUGGAGAAUUUGAAAAGCAUCAACUCAAGGAAAACAUUGACUUUGCCAUUAAUUUGUGUACAUAUUUGCGGUCAGUUUAUGUUGUAAUUAACAAUAAUUUCGACUUAAAAAAACUAUUGUAGUGUUCCUCAGUAUUCAUUCCUAUUAUACUCUACGUAAUGACCUAAAUUAACCAAUGCCAAAUCACACAUUUUGUUAAUUUAACGUUUGUAUUAAACGUAGUAUUUUUUAAUGUUUAAGCCACUGCAAAAUUAAAUAAAUAAAUAAAAUGUAGUAUAUAUUCUGUACAUAGAAUGUACAUUGUUAUGCAAAAUAUCCCGACCACUUCGUAAUUUCCAGAACACAAUUAUUAUAAAAUAAAUUCACCUACUUAGUUUCCAAGUUUCCAGUUUUUAUUUAAUUAAAAAUUGUUAUCUGUUGGUGUAAAAUAAACUGUAGUGCACCUAUUAAUUAAAUUAAAAACAAAAUUAGAGAUCCUAAGAUAGCUUAAUAAUUUUUAGAAUGCUGUGUGAUUAUCGGGAGGCCAGAUUUUUUUAUGAAAAAAAGGUAAAAACAAAUCACUAGUUAGCAUCAAAUUUUAAUGAAUGCAUACAGAUUAAACAUAAUUUUGAGUCGUCUUUAACUUAUAAGAUGGCUUAUUUGCAAAACUUAGUGGUUACUUUGGCAAAACACUACUGUAAAUGAUUUUAAUUUAACGUUUUAGAACUGUGAAUUCAAAUGACAAAAUUAAUUGUUUUCCUAGAGUUGUCGUCCAUCUUUGAAAUUUUGAGCGCCCUCUGUUGGAAUUUAAUUUUGCGAAUAAUAUUUCGUGUUGUUGGUUGUUGCCGUCACUCUCGUUGUUUUUUCGUGUUUAUUUACAGGCUAAUAUUUUUUAUCCCUUAGUUACAGGUCACAAUUGUGUGGGUCUUAUGAACAUUUGAAAUAUGAAUCAAAGUUUUAGAUUAAUUUUGUCGCACUGAUACCAUACGUUUAGAUCUGGAUUAGAGAUAGGCGAGUGAAGGAAGCGCUAAAAUCGGCAACAUUGCUUAUGUAAAUGAGUUGCAUUGUCACUAUAAAAUCGACGAAUGACUGAAUAAAUCAACGCGACUCUGGUGUGGGAAGCGAGGAAGCAGUGUUGCCAUGUACUGGGUGUAAUCCUAUAUAUAAUUUAAAAGUAAACACGGUAUGACACGAUUGUGUUGGAACAUCCAUUACCGGUUUCAUCUCACGUGGUUCAUUUAGUUCCCAUAUUCACGUUAUAAUAGGGAACUUGCACAUUUUUUUAUUACAUAAUAAUGUUCAGAUUUGUUUAAAAAUGAGAUUUCCAAAAUUUCACGCUUCAAAAACUCGUAAUAACCGAAAUACAUAUUUAAAGUCUUCUGCGGUAUAAAAUAGUUCAAACUACCCGUGACGUCACAUAGUUUUACAUUAGUUAUUAUUAUGGUUAUAUUUCGCUGUGUCUAGGUACACGCUAACGUGUACGCAAAUAAAAAAGUUAGGUACACGCGAAUUAAUCUUCAUCCAGCCAGUGACGUCAUUAUUUAGCGUGCGCAGUGACUGUGUAUUUUGGUACAAGCUAUUUUGAUAUGUUUAGUGUUUGUUUGAUAGAAAAAUAUUUGUUAAGGGAAGGAAAGCAGAACUAUUCAGAUGUUUCAAACUUAAUUGCAAUAAAUCAAUGUAUAUAUAAAAGUAUAUAUUUAGGUUAGCAAAAUAAAUAUAUGUAUUUAGUUGUCAUGAGUCAUGACACGUACAAAAUAUUGUUAAAAUAAUUUUUAUACGUAAGUUAAUUAUUAUUUUUAACUAAAAAUACGCAAUUUAACUAAACAAAUGAUUUUAUUAACGUUUCGACGUCCAAAUCGGAUGUCAUUGUAAAAAUAAAAACAGUCAGAUUAAAUAAAUUAUUAGAAAUUUUUUUUACUAAGCAACAACAUUUUUGUUUAAUAAUAUUUUGUAUUUUGACAACGACGUCCGAUUUAGACGUCGAAACGUUAAUAAAAUCAUUUUUUUAGUUAAAUUGUGGCUUAGUUCCAGUUCCCAUUUAGAAUAGUUGAUUACAAAAAUGCCACAAGGAAAUAGCUUCAGAACAAGUUAAUUAUUAUUGUGAAAGUCUUCCUUUUAUUUUAAUUUUGGACAGUAAUACUAUUUCACUUAUAACUAAAAAAAUAUAUAUUAAUUUAUAGUCUCGUUAACUUUUUCAUACUGUUUUAAAAUGUUAAACUCAUUAAAACCACUAAAUAAUUGUACACACUGCAUAGUUAAUUUAAAAACAAACACUAAACAAAUAAAAAAUAACAAAUCUCUUUACUAAUCAAUAUUAAAAUUAAAGUGUAAACACAACGCGAUUAAACAAAUUUCAACACUCUGACACUCUAAUUUUUUAAUUUCUUAGUUUAUUGGUUUAUUUUCUUUAGUUUAUUUUUCCUCCACCUACUUGGGUAUUUGGCCAGCUCGUCGUCGGAGAAUAAAGGAAAAAUAUUUAUAUUCUAAUGACAUUUAUCGUAUGUCGUUGUAAUAAUACAUACCAGUUUGUUGAGAUUGGAGUUUGAUACAGUUUUUGAAGGAAAGGAAAGAAAAACCAUUUUGUAAAAGUACAAAUUUUCUAUGAAUAGUUCAAACGAUCAAAAACACUUUUAAAGUCACAUAACUGUAUUUUUUACUGACGUUUAUAAUGUCUAAUUUAAAAUUAUGUAUACAAUUGGUGUAGAAUGUAAACAUACAACCCUGUGACGUCACGACGCGUUUUUGGGUGGCUGGUAUAAGUUGAAUUUUUAGUCGUCUUUAGGGGCCAAACGAAAGACAAACAAAACUUUUUUAUCUUUGAUACAGGUUCUAAAUUAUGUUCUGUUGUGAUUUAUAACAUUUUUUUUCGAAUUUAAAAUUUUAUGCAAGUUCCCUAUUCGAGGUUGCAAUACCAGCUUUAUUGUUUUUCGGUGUUUUUGCUAAUUAUUAUAAAAUUGACGGUUGAUUUCACAUAAGAUUAAUUUAAACAGGAUUUAACCUGAUAAAUAUAAGCGUCUAUAUUUUAAGUGGUACUAUAAUAGUAUUAACAAAACUAACAACUUUAUGAAGUGAUACUUUUUUGUGAACCUCAUAACUUUUAUUUUGCUCAUUUAAUUUUACGGAUCCCAAUUGUGCAAUCGUUUAAUUUUGUAUUAAGUGAAGAAGGGAGUGUUACUAUUUUAAAAAUGUUUGAUCUGGAAGUAUAGAUAAGUAAGUCCCUAAAAAGGUGUUUUGAAAUAAAAAUAUAUGAAUUAAUUUAUUUUAAUUUUAUUUAAAAUUUGGCAGGCACUGCAUUAGAAUUUAAACUUUUUAAACUUCUGAUUUACAUAGUCAUUCAGAAUUUAAGGAUUGCCCUGUAUAUGGUGGAUCUGUGGGGAGGGAAAAUUCCCCAUCAACCCCUACAAGGUCCAAAAUUAAAGAAAAA